AUGGACUCGCAAGGCGGCAGCUCCAAGGCUGGCCAUCUCUGCGUCCUAGUUCACGGACUCUGGGGAAACCCCGACCACAUGCGCAACAUUGCCAAGUGCCUCCGCGACCAGCACUCCCGCGACGAGCUCUAUCUCCUCCUCGCCAAACGAAACACGGGCAGCUUCACCUACGACGGUAUCGAGCGCGGCGGCGAGCGCGUCUGCGCCGAGAUUGAGGAGGAGCUACGCGCCAUCGAGGCCGGCGGUGGCAAGAUCACAAAGCUCAGCAUCAUCGGCUACUCGCUGGGCGGGCUGGUGUCGCGCUACACUGUCGGCUUGCUCUACGCCAAGGGCAUCCUCGACGGGAUGGAAUGCAUGAACUUUUGCACAUUUGCCAGCCCGCACCUCGGCGUCCGCACCCCCCUCCGCGGCUGGCACAACCACGUCUGGAACGUCGUCGGCGCGCGCACGCUCUCCAUGUCCGGCCAGCAGCUCUUCACCACCGACCGCUUCCGCGACACCGGCCGCCCGCUGCUGCAAGUCAUGGCCGACCCGCAGAGCAUCUUCGCCCGCGGCCUGCGCCGCUUCCGCCGCCGCACCCUCUACGCCAACAUCACCAACGACAAGAGCGCCGUCUACUACACCACCUGCAUCCAGAAGACGGACCCCUACCGCGACCUCGACCUCGUCCGGCCCAACUUCUUGGCCGGCCGCGUCGGCGAGGUCCUGCUCGACCCGGAGACGCCCUUCUUCUCGCGGCCCAAGCUGGCAGCAAACUCUGGCGGCCCCGUCGCGGCGAUUUGGGGCCGCUGCGUGGGGUGGGCGCGAAGGCUACCGCUGGCGCUGGCCGUGGCCGUGUUCGUGCCGAUCGGCGUGGCCGCAUUCCUGGUCAACUCGGUGAUCCAGAACGUGCGCAGCGCGCAGCGCAUCCGGCUGCACGAGCGCGGCCAGCUGGGCGUCAGCACCGACGAGUACCGCGUGCCACUGCUCAUCAAGGAGCUGCGCGGCGAGGUGGAGUCGGCGUACGAGGCACUUAACAACUCGCAGCAGCAAGAGUUCCUCGGGGCCGGAGACGAUGACGACGACGACGACGCGGCGAUGGACGCGGAGGACAGGAGGCUGCUGACGCGGGAGCGCAGGCUGUCGCAGCCGACGCAGCCGACGCUGGCGCUGGCGCCCUGCCAGUUCGACAUGAUCCGCAACCUCGACGCGAUGGGAUGGCGCAAGUACCCGGUCUGGAUUCACAACACGGGGCACUCGCAUGGGGCCAUCAUCGCGCGCAUCGACAAGAGGAGGUAUGAUGAAGGAUUCAUCGUGAUGGGGCACUACGCCGAGGAGGAGUUUUUGCUGUAG